CAUUUCUAUGUAGCUACUUCUUCGCUGGCCGUCAUUUAAUGCCAAACUUUGCACGAAUUCGGGUCGUUCGCGCUGUGUGUAUCGAGCCAUUGAAUUUUCGGGAUUUUCAUUCCAAUCAAAUUUCUGCUGCAGCUUCCGGGAGAGCAAACACGGUUAACAAUUGCAUUGUAAAGAUUGAAUCAACGAAACUUGCAGAGAAAUAGUGACAUCCGUUGAUUUUGGCGAUUGGAUAAGAAGUGAAAAAAAAUAAUACUUCCUGCUUAUUUGGCAGCGGUCAAAAUAACCUAUCGUGGAUUGUGAAUUUUAUCCCCUGUGGUCAAGACCACGAAAAGAGAUGUCUCCCGAUUGAAAGUGUUGCAGUGCGAGAAUCUAUGCCCGCGACAGAUUCCACCAUAGAAAAAAUUUCGGCAGACGAAGAGUAUGAAGUGUUGAUGAAAGAAAGAAAAGAUAAAAUAUAAUUGCACUCCGAGUGUGUGGUGCGCUACUGACAGCGAAAACCCCGUGAAGGCAUCGUAGUAACUAUUUCCCAUAACGGAUCAACUCGUAAUCGAUAUCAGCAGGAAAACUAUCGGUUUGGUACCAACAAUCACCGAAUAAGAUUUAGGAAUUGUCGAUAACAGAAACUGACGGAGUGGCCAACUGUUUAUGAUCAGUUUUGGGAGUUGCAUCAUGCUCUUUGAGGAUCUCACAUAAGCAUCUCGAUCAAAGUGAAAAUGCAUGCAUACCGAGUUCGUCCUGGGGUACUAGUGUCCCCAUAGACUGCCAAACGGUAACGACCGACGAAUAUCACGGAGCUGACAUCCGCGUAGCCGACGAAAGCCGCUGUUCAACGAGAUUCGAAUUGAGAUUACCAUAAAACCGCCAUCUAGUCAUCUAGUCAUUUUGUUUUGGUUCAACAUUGAAAAAUCACAAAUCUAUGCUCCAAGCAGGCUCAAUCCGUGCGUAAAGAUUUUUGCCGCUUCGCUGUCGUGCUUGGUAUGUGUGUAUUCCGCUCAAGAGCCCCCCGUGAAUAGCAAAUAAACUGUCAAGUGUUUAUAACCGGGCGUGUGUAUUCGUAGCGCAACUGUGGAAGUGAAACAAUCUAACGGGCAUAUUUCGGGGCAGUUUUCCACCCACCGAUAAAGGCAAAGUAGGUACCGGAUCACGCUCCAGCUGGGAGGCGGCACUGGGCGAAGAAAAGAAGCUAGUGUUCGACGAGGCGAAAUUCAGAGACGGACUGUCAUCCACCUGCCUCCUCUGUGCUAUACCGUAACAAGUGGAAAGAGUCUAAUAAGCUAGUCGUCGAUUGUGUUCCGUGAGAAUCUUGCCAAUCAGAAAGAAGUGUCCCGAAGAUUUUUUAGUGUGUAGUUGUUAGCCUGGCUGCAAACGGAAUAUUGUUUAGCUGUGUUGCGAAAAAAUCCCGCGGGAAUCAAUCAAAUCACCAUCGGAUUCAUCAUGCCGGUGAAUGCCAUCGGGACCGAGCAGCUGAGUGGCAUUGAGGAAGAAUCGGACAUCUACGAAGCAUUUGCGCCCCAUGUGGACACCACCAACAUCUCAGUAUUGACCGAUACUCCGCCAGGCAAAAAGCCAAACCUAAAGACAUUUCAAGAAGUGCAAUCACUCAUACAACAGGGUAAGAAACGGGAAGCCAAACUAGUGCUCAGGGAAAAUUCCUGGCCCACUAAUUCGUCGAUCCGGUCGCAGCUAUGGCCCGCCCUCUGCAGUCAGCACCACGUCGGCAAGACCAUGCUGGAUGGGUUCUACUGGGAUAUGGUGAAUCAGGUCUUCGGAACGACGGAACUACCGGAGAAACCGAUAAUGCUACCGCCCUUCGUCGAUUCCACCCACUGCCUUCCCUACCACCUAACGCGGAAGGGACGGGCGGUGGCCGAUCGAGUCGUCAGCGUUCUCGGGUACGCCUGUCCGGAUAUCACAUACAGUCCGACGCUGUAUCCGAUUACAGCGAUCUUGCUACAUUUCAUGUCCGAAGAGGAAUGCUACCACUGUAUGGCGAGUCUGGUUGCACCUAAGGAUAAAGUGUUUAUCACACAGACAAAGCUACUGUACGAAGUCACCUGGAAGACUGUGAUGCAAAUUGCCAAAAAACAUGCGAAAUCCGCAGUGCUGUAUUUAACGAGAUUAUGCCCGGGCCAGAAGUCGGAGCGGGUCUUCAUGGACUGGUGCUGGUGGGUCCUGGGUGGGCUUCCGUUUCCGCACCUGGUGCGCGUGAUGGACUGCUUCUUCCACGAGGGCAUCAAGGUGUUCUAUCGCGUUUCGUUGGCGAUACUGAUUCUAUUCCACAAGCACGCGACCGCCACCAAUUCCGAGUGGGACGCCGACACAAUCAAGAAUGACAUCGACAACGCCCUGCCCAAGUUCUGCAAGAACAUCCCAGUCUCGCCGACCAAGCUACUGCGGACGGCUUUUAGUAUAAGAGCACUUAGUUCAACCUACAUAUCUAGGAUUUUUCUGAAGACUGAAAUGGUACUAAAGAGUAAGUCAGUUCUUAGUGGUUCGAAGCAGAUGGUAAGGUCACGUUCUAGCGAUAAUUUACCAACCAGUCAAUCACAAGUCAACGUACAAAUGAUGUCACACACACUAACCAUUAGAGAGAAGUCGAAGGAUGAUCGACUGUCCUGUCGGGCAAUGGGUGCUCAUUCUCCUGACGUGAGAGUUUUGUCGAUGGGUGUCUUUCCGACACAAGCAAUAAAGAGUAAAGUUUGUGAUCAGGAUGACCUCUUUACGCUUUGGUCUUGGCUGCCUGUUAGAAUAACAAUGUAUCAGCCGGUACUGCUUUACACAACGGAGGAACACGGUUGCUCAUUGACAACGUUUUAUGUGCGAGUUGAGCAGCACGAACCGACUCUGUUGAUGAUCAAAACCUGCAACAACGAGGUGUUCGGUGCCUACUGUUCGUCGCGUUGGUUCGAGCGUAACCUGAAGGACGACCGUGGCCAGCGGCAGGCAUAUUUCGGUACCGGCGAAACCUUCCUGUUCUCCCUGUAUCCUGAGCGCGCUAAGUAUCCCUGGGUCGGCAUCGAAGGUGACAAGGGACUCGGCCACGGCUCCGAGCUGUUCAUGGCCGCCGAUUCCAAGAUGAUAACGAUCGGGGGCGGAGAGGGACAAGCAAUCUGGAUGGACGAGAAUAUUCGCUUCGGCAAAACGGACCGAUGUCAGACGUUCAACAAUCCGCCGCUGUGCGCCAAUGGGGAUUUCGAGAUACGAGUGCUCGAAGUGUACGGCUUCGUAGAGUGUGAAUAACGGUUGAGAUACAGAUGGGAAGAUUAUGCUAUACUUAAGGGACACUAUUAUUAGAAUGUAUAUUUUGUUUCGUUUUUUGAAAUGAGAUGAGAAACCGAAUGAAGGUAACUUGAAGUAAAAACAACGCUUGAAUAAAAAGCUGAAUAUUAUGUCCGAUUCUAAGUUCGUUCACGUAAGCCACACACCCCUCACUAGUAGGUAUGAUGGAACUUUUCAUCGCUGUAAAUAGCACUCUUUAUUUUUUUUGUUUGUUUGCUAACCCAACAACAACAACAAACAAAAAAACAAUUCCCUGAGAAAUGCAUCCGUGCGUAGUAAGGUGAGAAUGUGUGAAUUCUAAAACGGAGUUAAAACAACGAAUAUUUUAUCGAGUUAUUAAUCAAUGCUUUCCGCUAUAAGUUUAUAAUAGCAAUGAAUGCCAUAUUUUAUAUCUCUACUUUGUAGCUGUUGUUUCCCACAAUAGCUGUCACUGACGGCUGUCAAUUGUUAUUGUUCUGUGUACUCCCAAGUGCUCUCAAUUCUCCCCCUGAUAAUUCCUAUAUCUUUUCGAUCGUUUUAAAACUAUAACAUUCCAAUCAAUAACUGAUCAACAGAGGGCGAGGGUGACGGUGAUUUAUCUUGUGCUGUUUUUUUGUGAAUGGGAUAUGGUUCGGUAUCGGUAUGAUCAGGCUUUCCCAGAACAGCACCGCUGAGCGUACGGUAAGCCGAAACAACGAAACUCGAAACUAAAGAUACAAAGAACCUCCGUAGCCAUGUACGUGAAAAACCAAUUAGAUCCACCCCAUUACUUUUGUAGUAGCCCCACAAUUCUGCCGCUUCGUCCCCGAUGUGCGAAUGGUUGUUUCUCCAUUUCCUACUCUGAAUGCUCACUGCUGCAUAAAAUAUUUCCCAAAAAAAAACUGAAUCAAAAUUAUUAACCUUAUGUAUUCGCAAAUUAAAUCGAUCAACAUAUUACAUUUAGUAGCUGUUAGCAUAUUCGUCGUAUUUUAAGCCAUUUUACUCCAAAUGGAACAAUAGAAUGCAGAAUACAGAUGAAAAGGACCAGACAAGUCGGCACAUUAGGAUUCGGUCUCUGGGAUGUGCCGAUUCUAGAGCAAUAUUUCCCUUUGGAAAGCCCAAAUUCCAACGCAUAAAAAAGGGAAUCAAAACGAGAUUUAUUGGAGCAUAAGAAGUGAUAUAUUUAAGCUGUGCUGUGGUGCAGAACAUUUAUCAUACAUAGACCCAUAGGUUCUAGAAGUUUUGCGUGUGCAGGUCUCAGUCGUUCUCGAUAGGUUCUGACUUGUGUUGCGAUCGUCUAACCAUCUAUUCGUCAAUAGUGGUACUGACAGAGCAUCUAUCAGGGAGCAGAUCGAGUUUUCGUAGUUUUAAAUAGUUGUUCUUACAGCGUUAUUCUAAUACAGCAUGCUAUUGUUUCCGAUAUACAGUGAAUGUCGUUAAACGAACUGGGGAAAAUUACUCCACAUCAGAAUCGUAUUGGUGAAAGAACCCGAAAACAGUAGACCAGAUGAAAAUAAUUAUGAAACAGCAACCUAAGCUUCAUUGUGUGUACGUGUGUGUUCAAGAACGAUAAACGAACAAGUAAUAAGUAGAAUAAGGAAAGUAAGGUAGUCAGUGUAAUCAAAGAAAACGUUGAGCAAACAUAGCAAGGACAGUGAAUUGGUAUUGUACUAAAAUGCUUUAAUUAUUAUAUGGUACAGUCUAGAGAGCAAUGAACUCCGACAGGUUGAUUUGUUUUAUGUUACGUGGUUAUCGGCCAAUGAACGAAGUUCCGCAAGGAUUCGUUGACGAGUUUUAUUUUUGAGCUCACGAUAGGAAUUUUUUUAUACAAUCUACUACACAAUGUAUAUUUACACAUGGUUCAUUUGUAUAAAUAUGAGUUUAGUAGGAUAUCACACAUUGCAAAAAGGACAUGUAAUUAUUGUAUCCGUUAUCCUACUGUGCAGGCGCGUAACCUUUGUUAUUGUGAUUUCUUUUUUUACUAUUACGGAAAUAUUUUGUUUGUUAGAACGUUAGCUAUUUGCAUAGUGUUUGUACUAUUACGACUUAUUUAUAUCUAGUUUUAAUGGAAUUGCAAAAUAUUCGAAAUGUUUGUUCAAAACCAGAUCAAAAUAAAAUGAAAAUCAAAUCCA